AUGGCGAGAUUUCGGGUCUGUGCGGCCGCCGCGGGCUGUUUUCUGCCGCUUUUGGUUUUGCAUGCGUGGUUUUGUGGCUCUCGGAUUUUACGAAACUUUGGUCUUCAAAUUUCCUGGACAACUAAGAAUACUCUUUACAGACUGGAUGUGAGUUGGCCGAAGUACUCAGAAUACUUUACAGGAACAACAUUUUGUGUUGCAGUUGAUUCCUUCAACGGAUUGGUUUAUGUAGCACAAAGAGGGGAUAAUAUCCCAAAGGUAUUAGUGUUCACAGAGGACGGAUAUUUCCUACGGGCCUGGAAUUACACAGUUGAUACUCCUCAUGGUAUGUUUGCUGCCAGUACACCACAUGAGCAGUCUGUCUGGAUCACGGACGUAGGAAGUGGAUCCUAUGGUCAUACUGUUAAAAAAUAUAAUUCCUUUGGAGAUCUUGUUCAAAUCUUGGGUACUCCAGGCAAAAGAGGCUCUGAUCUGAAUCCCUUGCAGUUUGACAACCCUGCAGAAUUAUAUGUUGAGAACACAGGAGAUAUUUACAUUGUGGAUGGAGAUGGAGGCUUGAAUAACAGAUUGUUUAAACUGUCCCAAGAUUUCAUGAUGCUUUGGCUGCAUGGUGAAAAUGGGACAGGGCCUACUCAGUUCAACAUACCACACAGCGUUACAGUUGAUUCAGCUGGUCGGGUGUGGGUUGCUGACCGAGGAAACAAAAGAAUACAGGUGUUGGAUAAAGACACUGGGGAAUGGUUAGGAGCUUGGGAUAACUGUUUCACAGAAGAAGGACCAUCUUCAGUUAGAUUUACUCCUGAUGGGAAGUUCUUGAUCGUAGCUCAGUUGAAUCUUAGCCGACUCUCAGUUAUUGCUGCACCCCCAAUAGGAAGCAUCGGCAACUGCUCUGUGGUCAGCACAAUCCAACUUGCUGAUCAGGUUUUACCUCAUCUCCUAGAUGUGGAUGGGAAGACUGGCGCAAUCUACGUGGCAGAAAUUGGAGCGAAACAAGUACAAAAAUAUGUUCCUUGGAAUAGCUAUUUUCCUUCUCUUCUUUCAUAA